UUAAAGCUAAUGUACACACCUGAGUUGUGGUUUCAAAAACAGUCUACGGAAGUAGUCGAUUCUGCGUAACUGAGAUACGGAACAGACUGCUCAUAUACGCUCUGCUCUAAGGAGGUGAUUCACUGGACAAACACACAGCUCUGAUACCUGAUUUCUGUGACAGAACCAGCGACAUUAACUGUGCUUGUGUGCCGAAAAAGCAGACCGGGGGUCUUCAGCUGUGGAUUUACUGCUCUCUCCUGCCGGCUGUUACUGUUCCCACACCCGUCAGAAGUCACCAAUAUCCAGCAUGGCCAACAAAUGGUUCCUGCUGUUCUUCUUUGCCAUCUGCACUGCAGAGUCAAUUGGGAAAACCAGCAGACCCAGGGAGCCUGCUUGUGGGAAAAUGGACCCAAUCGGCGCUUGUCCCAUGAACUUUCUCCCUGUGUGUGGCACUGAUGGGAUCACCUACCCCAACGAGUGUGCCCUCUGUGUCCAGAGGCUGAUAACCAAAGAAAACAUCUUGAUUGUGAAAGACAACAGCUGUUGAAGGACGACACUGACUCACAUGAUCAGACUCUUGACAUUUGAAUGACAUGAUCCUCUAUCCCUCCUCAUCCUUUCUGCUAAUUACUUUUUUCUUUGGCGUAUUAUAACUGGGAUUACUAGUAGAAAAUCUGUGUACCUUAGUUUUAUUAACCAGUGGUAAAUUUGAUCUUUUAUACAUCAUUCUUUUCAUUCUUGCUCACCAUUAACUUGAAUCCAUUACCUCAUAUUAAACACUGUGCUGUCAUAAUUAAUAAAUGCAUUCAAUAAAAA